AUGAAGGUCCUCUCUGCCGCCGUUUUGUUGGCCUCCUCCAUCGCCGUCGCCGCCGCCGCUGCUAGCCAGAAGGUCGUUGGCGGUUACCUCCUCCUGAACCCCACCGAUGGCCCUGCCAAGCUCAAGGCUCUGGCCGACAACGCCGCCACUAUCCCUGUCAACCGCAUCUUCCUGUCCUUCCUCCGUCCCGAUAUGAUCUACGAGUCUGGAAGCAACACCCUCGCCACUGCUGGUCUUGGCUACGGAACUUCUGGUGACUAUGGUUUCGCUGAUCUCAAGGCCCAGAUUGCCAAGCUCAAGGCUGGCGGCGUUGAGGUCUUUGUCUCCGUUGGUGGCUGGAACUACAACUGCUUCCCCUACGCCUACGCCACCUACUCUGUCGGCGGCUACGGCACCUCGACCCCCAACUACUGGAAGAUUGCCCAGUUCGGCAGCCUCAGCAACUGCAACGAGAGCAACCAGUACUGCUACGUCUGCGAGCCCAAGUCUGAGAACACCUCGCUCUCUGACUUUACCAUCUUCCCCGAGCCCGCCAAGUCGGCCACCUGGAAGUCGGCCCAGAGCUACAUUGCUGCCAACGCCAAGGGCGGUGCUCCCCAGUGGCACCCCGAGCUCAUUGGUGGCGCCAAGUGGACCGACAAGGGCAACACCGUCACCGUCCCCGGUGAUGGCACCUGGUCCACCAAGGGCCGUGAUCCCUACCAGGAUCUCGUCUACCUCGCCAAGGAUCUUGGCCUGGACGGUGUCGACAUUGACUACGAGGAGAUGUGGCACGCUGAUACCUUCAAGACCGGCUCGGGCCCCUACAACCUGCCCCAGACUGUCUACAAGUACACUGCCAUCGCCAAGGACGUCAUCCUGAACAUCCAGUCCAUCUACCCCACCCUCAAGCUCUCCACCGCUGCCUCUGCUGCCGGUGGCCUCAGCACCAACUGGUGGGGCGGUAACCUCAAGGGUGUCUGGUACUACGCCUCCCAGUGGUACCCCGAUGUCAUCAACUUCAUGACCACUGGCAACAACGCCGGUGGCCUCAACAUCAUGACCUACGAUCUCUCGGACAACAACCAGUUCCACGAGUGCCCCGCUGGCGACAACACCCCCUGUGACCUCCAGGACCAGGUUGCCUUCUACAUGAGCGGCUACACCCAGAACAAGAUCCCUGCCUAUGUCGGCUACGAGAUCGGCACCCCCGCCUACCCCGACCCCGUUCAGGACCCCACUCACCAGGUUCCCCUGACCCAGGCCCGCCUCAGCGCCAUCCUCUCCAACACCCAGCCCCAGUACAACGGCGGCUUCUUCUGGGAGCUGUACAAGCCCGAGGGCAAGGGUGACAUUGAUGCCACCACUUCUGCCCAGCAGAUCUGCAAGGCCGUUCUUGGUGCCAGCACCGCUCGCUGCUCCGGCGUCAUUCCUCCCGCUAGCGGACCCGUCGUCACCUCCACCAAGGCCCCUGCCACCUCCACCAAGAAGACCACCACCACCACUACCACCACCAAGGCUCCCGCCACCUCCACCAAGAAGACCACCAAGAAGACUACCAAGAAGACUACCAAGAAGACCACCAAGAAGGCCAAGACCACCAAGGCCCCCAAGACCAAGUAGGGCGCUGUCGAGGAGUCUGCUUAAACGGCUUGUCACCGUCGUGUCUCCCUCCACCUUAUAAAUCUCUAUAAUCACUAUACGACCUUUGACUUCAUUCUGGCCCGCUAAAUCCGGUGUAUAUUGGCCAUGCUGCCAGCGCCGCAGGAGUGUAUUUGGCGGCCCAAUGUUUAAUUGCACA